AUGCCAGAAGGUUUUGCUAAAGUCACUCAUUGUCUAUUCGACAUGGACGGAUUGCUAUUGAAUACCGAACAUAUCUAUACGAAAAUCACGCAACAAAUUCUUGAAGAGCAAGGUUGCAAGGAGGCCUAUACGGGUGAUUUUAAAGUGACCUUGAUGGGUGGUCAAAGCUUGGAAGUGGCAAAUGCCAUUGUAAAACGGUUUAAUCUAUCAGUUUCACCCGAAGAUUAUACCAAGAGGCAGCGACAACUCGCACUGAAUUUGAUGCCAACUGCAGAAAUUUUGCCUGGCGUUGAACGUUUGUUGCGUCAUCUUGCAUCGCACAAAGUUCCGAUGGCAUUGGCCACCAGUUCCAGCAAGGAAAUGUACGACUUGAAAACAGUUCGACACACAAAGCUAUUCGAACUCUUCGAUCAUAAAGUGUAUGGGUCAAGUGAUGUUGAAGUAAAACAUGGGAAACCAGCACCAGAUAUUUUUAUUGUAGCCGCCAGUCGUUUCAAGGACAAACCCGACCCAAGCAAGUGUUUGGUAUUUGAAGAUGCUCCAAAUGGGGUGAAAGCUGCUUUGGCCGCUGGUUGUCCAGUCGUCAUGGUGCCAGAAGAUUAUGUUACAGCAGAAAUGCGAGCACAAGCAACACUCGUUGUAAAUACAUUAGAAGAAUUCAAACCAGAAUUAUUUGGGCUACCAGCAUUCGAUUAGUUUAGAUAAGUAGACAAAAAUUGUGACCAUAAUUUUUGAUAUUGCCAUUUGUAUAUAAAUCCUUCAGUAGUCGGAUUUAAGUACGGGUAAUUAGGAGAAUUGUAUGAAUUUAACAAAUCACAUCCCCAAAAAAAAUCUAUUGUACCUAAGAGUGGAAUAAAUAAAGAAAAUUAUUUUAUUGACGUAGACA